CGUCUGUAAGGAGCCUCACCAAGUCGCCAUAUCGCCAGCCUCGCAUCGCCUCGCUCUUCCACGCUGCCAGAUCUGCAUCCAGUGCGCGUCGCCCUGCCCCGGACACGCCCGACGCCGCUCCGGCCUCAACUCCUUGCGCAACGUUGCCCUAGGCCCCAUCCCAUCCAAGCAGCCCCAGGUAGCCGCAUCCAACGCCCAGCAGCCACCUGUAACCUCGACAUACACGCCCACAACCCCCGCGCAAUCCUCCUGCGAUACCGCACACGCUCGCGCUGUUGAUGACCGCCCGGCCUUGAGUCCACCAUGGCGUCGAUAAUGGGCUGGUGGGCAGUCGGCCAGCUACUCAAGCGCGAUGCAUCCGACGCAGACCCGGACGACGAGCCAGAGGCUGGCCAGAAGGAGAUAUUCACAUCAUGGGCCCUGUCCAUCCUGAUUAUGCUCCUCAUAAUAGCCCUCUUUACGAGCUACAUCUUACACACGCGGAAGAUCCAGGCGGUCCAUGAGACAGUCCUGUCGAUUUUUGCUGGAAUGGUCGUUGGCCUGCUGCUGCGCCUGACAGCAGUCGCUUCCGUGCGAGAUGUCGUCAGUUUCGAUUACCAGAUGUUCUUCAACUUGCUCCUGCCUCCCAUCAUCCUCUCGGCCGGCUAUGAACUCCAUCAAGGCAAUUUCUUCCGACACAUUGGAACCAUUCUCACCUUUGCCUUCGCUGGCUCUUUCAUAUCCGCCUUAGUGCUUGGCAUCAUCCUGUUCCUGUGGACCAGGAUACCUCUUGAUGGCUUCAAGAUUAACUUUGUCGAGGCCAUGUCUGUUGGCGCUACCCUCUCGGCCACUGAUCCCGUUACCAUUCUUGCCAUCUUCGAUACGUACAAAGUAGAGCCCAAGCUAUACACCAUCAUCUUUGGCGAGUCCAUUCUCAACGAUGCCAUCGCCAUCGUCGUCUUCGAGACUGCACAAAAGUACAAGGACGGUGCUGAGUCUCUGGGCUUCAUGAGCCUCUUUGAAGCCGUAGGCAUUUUCCUCGGCGUCUUCUUCGGAAGUCUGUUUAUAGGUGUCAUGGUCGGCAUUGGUGUGUCUCUGAUGCUCAAGUUCACCUAUGUUAGGCGCUUCCCCAAGACUGAGAGUUGUCUCAUCAUACUCACCGCAUACCUGACAUACUUUCUGUCCAAUGCUAUCCACAUGUCUGGUAUCGUCUCUUUGCUGUUUUGUGGUAUUUGCAUGAAGCAUUACGCUUACCACAACAUGUCAAGACGGACCCAAUUAACCACCAAGUUUGUCUUCCAGGUCACCUCCCAGAUUUCGGAGAACUUCAUCUUCAUCUACCUAGGCUUGUCCCUCUUCACUGAUGACAAGCUGGAUUACAAGCCCCUCUUCAUCUUGAUUACCGUAUUCGGCAUUUGCGCCGCUCGCUGGUGCGCAGUGUUUCCUCUUUCAAGGCUCAUCAACUCUGUCACUAGAUAUCGCCAGCGCCGUCGCGGCGACGAAGUUGCGGAAGAGAUACCUUAUCCUCACCAGGUCAUGAUCUACUGGGCAGGCCUGCGUGGUGCUGUAGGUGUUGCGCUUGCCGCAGGUCUCACAGGUAACAACGGCGACACACUGCGAGCCACAGUGCUCGUCGUAGUCGUUCUGACUGUCAUCAUCUUCGGCGGUACCACUGCACGCAUGCUAGAGAUUUUGGGUAUUCGCACCGGAGUAGUCGAGGAGAUAGACAGCGAUGAUGAGUUCGACAUUGAGGUCGUCAAUGGCGGCACGUACACACGCAAACAGGGUCAAGCUUAUGGCAACACUCCACGUCCCGGCCAAAAUGGCUUCUCACUCAACAAUGUCAACGGACCCGACGCUACCUACUCUAGUGGGUCAGUUAGCCGAAGUAGUCCACCCACACGACCGAACGGCGCUAUGCGACGCAACUCGAGCCAUCCACGUGCUAGAGAUGGCGCAGACCAAAGUCUCCUCAGCCCAGCUGAUAGCGGCUCUGCCGAUGAGGAUGACAUCGAUCUUGACCUUCCUCCCAGCGCACGCCGCUCGCCCAACCGCGGCCCGUCGCCAUUAAUGGGCGAUCCAUCCCCGUACCCGACAUCAGGCAUAAGGCCGGUCGGCUCUGCGGCGGAGGGCUCGAGUAGGGUUGCGACUGCCACAGGUGCAGUGAAGCAGCUCUUCAACGAGAUCAGCCACGAUCCUGCAAACGCCUUCAAGCAGAUCGAUGACGGCUUCCUCAAACCACAUCUGCUCCUAGACCAGGGCAAAGGUCCAGGGCCCGGUAAUGUUUGAUUGUAUGAGUAGACGGAUGGGAUACAAGCAUUCGUGGCGUUUGAGUCAUCUUUGGGAUUAGCAGCUAGCGACUUUGAUCGCCUGGCGCAUAGCGUAGCAUGACUUCUUGAGUCAUGAUGAAGCGCAGUCACCGCUACUUUGGUUCUCAGAGUCGAACAGUAUUUUAUGUAGAUUGAAAUCAUAACACACAUCACAAUGCAUGGAGAGUGCGAGUUCGAAAUCGAAUACCAACG